GCUCCCACCCAGUUCCAGUUAUUUGUUUGCCCUGAAAGUUCCUCGAAAAGCAAAGCCCAUGGACGCACUGGCGAGCCACUUGGCUCUCAAAAUUCCGAAGGUCAGUAUCGUCACAAUCAGAUAUCAAAGGUAUUUCCUCAAUGGCAAUUCGGUCAAAUCAUUUCAGCUGCCCAACUCCUCCUCCUCCUCUGCUAAACUGCUUCGACGACCAAUCUCCGCCGCAACAGGCGCCGCACUACCACACAGAGAUCACCGGCAAGAAGAAGAAGAAGAAGAAGUACAAGUGAGACUAGAAAUGGCUGCUUCUGAUCCGGAGCUCAAGGAUGGCCGCAUCGUCAGCAUCUCAUCGGCGAUCCGUGUCAUUCCCGAUUUCCCCAAACCAGGGAUUCUGUUUCAGGAUAUAACGACUUUGCUACUUGAUCCAAAGGCGUUCAAGGACACUAUUGAUUUAUUUGUUGAGAGAUAUAGAGGGAGAGGGAUCUCUGUUGUUGCAGGUAUUGAAGCAAGAGGUUUUAUAUUUGGGCCUCCUAUUGCACUUGCCAUUGGGGCAAAAUUUGUCCCUUUGAGAAAGCCCAAGAAGUUACCAGGUGAAGUUAUCUCAGAAGAAUAUUCUUUGGAAUAUGGAACAGAUAAAAUUGAGAUGCAUGUUGGGGCUGUACAAGCAGGGGAGAGUGCCCUAGUAAUAGAUGAUCUUAUUGCAACUGGGGGUACAUUAUGUGCUGCCAUCAGGCUACUUGAGCGUGUUGGUGUUCAUGUGGUGGAGUGCGCUUGUGUUAUUGAAUUGCCAGAGCUAAAGGGUCGGGAGCGGCUAGGAGACAAACCCCUGUUUGUCCUUGUAACCUCAACUUGACCUGAGAUUCUGUUGUAAUCUGCAUGUUUUGCUCAAGUUUGUAACCUACUGGGUCUUAAAGCUGAAAAAAGGAGACCAGAAAGGGCAAGAGAAGUUUGGUUGGAAAUAAAGGUGUUUUCUCAUUUGGCGAUAGCUGAAAGCCGUAGCUGCGAUAUGUAAGUGGGUUAAUCUCAAAACUUUGGCGAGAGCAGAGGAUGGUUCCUGAAAUCCUGCUCUGUUGUGCAAUUGACUGCAAUUGGAAUAUUGUACCCAGAUUGAGACAUGUCUUUCUAUUUUUUUUUUUCCUUUUCCUGUUUCUUUUGAGAAGGUUCAAGGUGGCACUCAUAUAUAUAUAUAUAUGUAUAUCUACAUAUGGAAAAGUACUAUUUGGUUGUGAUUUUAAAA